UCGAGCAUGGUCAAGCCGGAGAGCGCGGUUCGCACCGUGCUGGAACCACUGGCUCAGUUUGAUCUCUCGUCCACCCAAACCCGCACAUCGAUUCGAACUCUUGCGGUCUCCACUGUCUCCGAUUUGCAGACCCUAAGAUGAUGAAUGCUGUGUUAAGCUUUCCUGUAUGCUCAGGUACCUCCAGUGGUUGAUUGAAGAUCAAGACUCAAAUGACAAUCAGUUGCAUACCUUAUAUGCACUCUCACUUACCAAACCAGCAGUUGAAUCCUUGGAAGCAGACAGCAUAUCUCAAGACGCUGGAAGAAACUCGAUUUUUCAGUGUCCUGUACGAGAGAGAUUGCAGAUAUUCUUACAGUCUUCAGAUUUGUAUGAUCCAGAAGUGGUGCUUGACUUGAUUGAAGGAUCAGAAUUAUGGUUCAAAAAGGAAGUUAGAGGACAAUGAAGCUGCUGAGCAAUAUUGUGCGGAGAUUGGCAGACCAGAUGCCUAUAUGAAGUUGCUUGACAUGUAUUUGGAUCCGCAAAAUGGUAAGGAGCCUAUGUUUAAGGCUGCAGUUCGCCUUCUCCACAAUCAUGGAGAAUCACUAGAUCCAUUGCAAGUUCUGGAGACCUUGUCCCCAGAUAUGCCUCUUCAGCUCACCUCAGAUACGAUAUUAAGAAUGUUUAGGGCGAGGAUCCAUCAUCAUCGUCAAGGACAAAUCGUGCACAAUUUAUCCCAUGCUAUUGAUGUUGACGACACAAGGCUAGCAAGAAUUGAGGAAAGAUCACGGCAUGUGCAGAUAAAUGAUGAGAGCCUCUGUGAUUCUUGCCAGGCUCACCUUGGAACUAAAUUGUUUGCUAUGUACCCAGAUGAUGCUGUCGUCUGUUACAAGUGUUUCCAUCAUCAGGGUGAGUCUACUUCCGUCACUGGCCAUGACUUUAGGCGAGAUGUCUUAUUCAAACCAGGUUGGCUUGUGACCAGGUAGGGGAUAGAUACUCAUGGAAGUUGAGAUUAUAGCAUGUAUCCAUCCAUGCCUCUUCCUGCAAUCCUGCCCGCACAGAUGUCUUGUCUUCUACUCUUAACUCUUAACUGGGAAGAGCAUGUCUUGAAUGUAAUUGUCGUACAUUUUUGGCUCAACCAGGUGUGUGUCUGUAAUAUUUUCUGAGAAUUUAAUUUAUAAUCGUUCUUUGCAUUCCA